AUGAUUUCAAGGGACUUCCCCUGAUUUUCGCCUGCGUUAGUGAAUCCCACUCUGAUCUCAGAUCAUCUCAAAUGCUUUCCUAUGAACCCACGUCACAUCAUAUCACUUCACUGACUUCAGGUGAUUUACCCUGACUUCACAUCAUUUCAUGAUUUCAAUUCAGUCCGACCCAUCGAUUUCACCAAUGAAUAUCCCCUCGGGAAAUUAUUCCCCUCGAAUCGUUGAUAAAAAUAUACUAUCCCGGGGUUAAUUUGUUUAAACUGGUAUUGUACAGCUAUUUAUGACUGACGUAUUUAUAUCCCUCCCCCCUUAGUGCAUGACUAUCGCAUAAUAACAUCGAAUUCUUAUAAACCGGAUAACCGUGUCUUUACGUAAUUCACGUUCGCCUCGAGAAGUGCUUAGUAGUCCCCGGUGGUACAAAUCUAAUGCUAUACUUGUUUCAAUGUAAGAAAUUAUCUAGUCACUGCGGAUCUAAUCAAGACUCAGAAGAGGAAAAAUUUUAAAAAUCGCAAUACCUGAGAUUUUUCAAGAUUUAAUCCGGGAUUUUGGUGUGGGCGAUUUUUUCAGUGACUCGAAAAUUGUGAAGAAUUCCAGUGAUAAUUAUGGAGUGAAUUAUAAUGUGAUGACUGGACAGUACAGAUGAUAAAGUCAUCUAUGCUAUCGUGGAAUGUCUUUUGUAAAGAGGAGACCGAUCGCUACGAUGCGCUGUGGGAUGCAGUAAUACAAUUUGGCACCAUCACAAUCAGACGACAGAGCUCGAAGCGUAACUAUAUGAUGUGAGAGAAGGAAAAUAUUGAAUCCUUGAGGAAGUGGGCGUGGGGUGUUGGCGAUGGAGUCGGGACCAAAACAGGGCAACUGUCCCACCACUGGACAAAGCACAGGUAUAACCGGUGGACAGGCCCAAAUACCUCAGGGCCAGGAUUCAACAAAUGAAACUGGACCCGUUGAGGAUGGCGUACUACUCGCUCGCGUCCACGUACCCGAAUUGUACGUUAGCAAGUGUCUUCAAUUUCCCAAGGAUCAACUCGUCUGGGAUGUUAAGCAACAGUGCCUGGCAUCCUUACCUAAGGAGGUGGCCACUUGGUACAGGGAAUUAAAGGAGAGCUUCAACUACGGCCUGUUUUGCCCGCCGGUAAAUGGAAAAGCUGGGAAAUUUCUGGAUGAGGAACGCCGGCUUGGGGAUUAUCCCUUCAACGGACCAGUCGGAUACUUGGAGCUGAAGUAUAAGAGACGGGUCUACAAGAUGCUUCACCUCGACGAAAAGCAGCUCAAGGCGAUGCAUACGAGGACGAACUUAAGAAGGUUGCUGGAGUAUGUUGCUAAUAGUCAAGUUGAAAAAAUAGCCAAAAUGUGUAGCAAAGGGCUGGAUCCCAACUUUCAUUGCCAGGAAACGGGAGAAACACCAUUGACCCUAGCAACAGCCCUGAAGAAACCAUCGAAAGUGAUAAUAGCUCUGGUUAACGGUGGUGCAUUAUUGGACUAUCGUACAAAAGAGGGUCUCACGGCGAUGCAUCGAGCCGUUGAGAGAAAUAGCCUGGAGGCUGUUAAGACACUUCUUGAACUCGGCGCAAGUCCAAAUUACAAAGACACCAAAGGUCUAACAUCUCUGUACUACAGUGUCAUUUAUAAGACAGAUCCAAUGCUGUGUGAAACACUACUCCACGAUCAUGCGACAAUUGGUGCACAGGAUCUUCAGGGAUGGCAGGAGGUUCAUCAGGCAUGCCGUAAUAAUCUUGUACAACAUCUUGAUCAUCUUCUCUUUUACGGUGCCGACAUGAAUGCUCGUAAUGCAUCAGGAAAUACACCACUUCAUGUGUGCGCUGUCAAUAACACUGAUGCAUCUUGCAUACGUCAGUUGCUGUUUCGCGGUGCACAAAAGGACAGUUUGAAUUAUGCGAAUCAAACACCGUAUCAGGUCGCUGUAAUUGCUGGUAACAUGGAACUGGCGGAAGUUAUCAAGAAUUAUCAGCCUGAGGAAGUUGUACCAUUUAAAGGGCCACCACGCUACAAUCCGAAGAGACGUUCAAUAGCAUUUGGUGGAAUGACAACGAGCUGUUCAGCAAGUAAUUUGGGUACACUAACGAGAAUACCAUCGGCCAUUGACACACCCUGUGGUACAUUAACAAGAACAAUAUCUGUUGAUCAGUACUCAUCAUCAGGAACACUCAGUAGACUGCCAAUUAGUGAAAUAAACAAUACAAGCAGUUUGAGUAGAGCAUCGUCAACGGAUAAUCGUAACUCAUGUGGAACAAUGAGUAGAGUUAUGGAUCAUUAUGCGGAGAUUAAUGAAUCACAUCACAGCAGUUUAAAUCGUGUACCGUCCAUUGAAUCAAACAGACCUGACUGUGAAAAUUUACAGAGAAUACCGUCCGAACAACAGUUAUCAGGGAUAAAGGGACAUCAGUUGAAUUCAGGAAUCAGUAGAAAUGAUCAUAUGCAGAAUAAUAUUAAUCGAUUGCCGUCCGAAUAUCAAACACCAGCACUGAGGGAUCCAAAUCCUAGAUCACCAAAUGUCGAGCACUAUCAAAACUUGAGAAUAGAGGGUUUGACGAGACUCCAGGAGCAUCGUAUCGAGCUACAACACAGACUCGAUAUCCACGGACGUACCAUGGACAUGCCACCAUCACCAUCACCAAGCAGCAGAAGUCUAGCACCAUUCAGCUCAGCCAGUUCGAGUAUGUCUGAAGGUAGCAAUCAGCCAUCUGGUGAGGACUCUGCCAGCAUUGUCACAGAUAAAAGCCUGGGUGACACAGCAUCGGACGUCAUUAGCGACAGCUCGGGUGUCGGUACAUCACAGUCAGAUACAACAAAUUCACUAUCAAUUCCUGGAACAACGGUUGUCUGCGUUGAAAGUUAUAGUAGUGGAAUUGCUGGACAUCUGGCCAUCAACCAGGGCGACAUUCUUGAAGUCACUGGAGCGACAGAUUGUGGACUUCUUGAGGGCGUACUCCGGGGUCAGGGGACUGGAUUAUUCCCCGCUCAUUGUGUCCAGGAAGUCAGGCUUCGACACACUAAUAUACCAUUGGCACAUCAGCUGGCGCGUGAGGGUCGCAACAGGGUCCUGGGACGAAGGGAGUCCCAGCACAAAUAUUUCGCCACGGCGCCGAGGUUGAAGAAGCCUGUUUCCAUGUGCAGUGUGACAUCGGAGCCUCGCACAGUAAUUCUCCACCGUUCCAGAAAGGGUUUUGGUUUUAUUCUUCGUGGUGCAAAAACAACCCCAUCGAAUUUCCUCGGUUUAACCCCAGCCGCUCAGUACCUGGACGACGUAAGUCCCGGUGGUGUUGCUGAUUUAGCGGGCCUUCGCAAGGGUGAUUUUUUAAUCCAAAUAAAUGGUGAAGAUGUAACGGCAGCUUCUCAUGAGCACGUUGUCGAUCUGAUACGUAAAUCAGGUGAAUUAGUGAGGAUGACAGUUGUAUCACCAGUUGUGAGUCUUCCAAAUUCACAAUCGGCAGCAGCACUGCCAACUAGUCAACCAAAUCAAAGGCAAUAUGCAACAUUGCCACGUAAAGGUAGCAAUAAUGUACCGAUGAGUGGUACCCUGGGCCGUUCACCAGCUCCAAUGCCACCAAGAAGAGAUCCAAAAACAACUCUGAGUGUUGGACGUGCUCGUGCACGUUCAAUGGUGGCAGGACUCGAAGGAGGUGGUGAGAAAGAUGAUCGUGAUGAUAUUGGUUCGACUGGUGGUAAAUCGAGCAGUGCUGAGUCGAUUCACAUGCCACAGGGCCCAUCGACAGGACAAAAUACAGGACAAAAUACACCUGUACAGCCCAGAACAGCCAGCAUUCGAUCAAGACCCACUUCCAGUCGAAUUACAGCUGCUGAACUUCAGGAAUUAUUUCAACGACAGCAGGGAAGUGUCAGCAGUCAGUAUGGCAGUACUAUGAGUUCUCACUUUCAGAGUGGUACCACGACAAAAUCACAUCCAUCAUCACCAGCGAAAACAGGACGGGUCUACGCUAGUGUCGCCGAGAUGAAACGAAAGGGCAAAUCAAGCUCAAGAGUGAGAUUCUUCGGUGGUCUGGGAGGGGGUUCAGAUCUCCAUCGAGACUUCCACAGUACUCCAGACCUCAAUAUCCAAGGACAAUCAGCAAUACUCGCACCUAAGGGCCAUCGUAGUCAGGAAGAUGUGAAUGCACUAGGUGGUAGAAAUGGUUUACCACCGCCCAAUCAUCCGCCACCACCUCCGCCAGUCGGUCAAGUAAUAAAAGUCAAUAUUGGUGCCAACGUACCAGAUGUUGUUACUCCAGCCUCAGUAUAUGAUAACAUGGCGCAUAUACAACAAGUUAAAGAACUGGCCGCAGCAUCACUGGAGAGUAACUACGGUGUAAUGUCGAGUUUUCGUCCCUCGAACAGUGCAAAACUCUACGCAUCCCCGGAAGAUAUGAAGACCGUGGGUUAUCGUUCGCACAGUUUGCCAGUAAAUUCAUCAAGAUCCCAUCUCCGAAAGUCCCACAGCCUCCGUGCUCCCAACAACACGACAUUCAAACCACCAAACGGCCAACAACCACCAAACAACAGCUCAACCAACGGUUCAAUGAACGGUAAUACUGGCAAUCAAUACGCCCAACCAUUGAAGACAAAUCGUAGUCACAGUAUGACAGGUGUUCGUGAAUCAAAGAAGAAGAGCAUUUCCACGAGUUCAUCAGCAUCAAAUUUAUCAGGAGCUCCAGUACCACCGAUUCCCGAGCCCGAUUACAGUCUGUCAGAGUCUGAGAAUGACGAGGAUGACGAGGAAUUCGAGAUGGGAGAGGCAGAAAUAGCUAAGGAACUUGAAAAAGCCGCUGCCAGAGAUAAAUUAGAGUCAACCAGGGAGACAUCUGGCAAUUCAAAUGCCUCAGGAAGCAGUUCCUCAGGAAGUAGUUCCCUUCCUCAUUCCUUUAGUGUCGAGGAGAUCCAGAAAGUGAGAACACAGCUGAAGUCCUCGAAGAGUCAUCCCAAUGAAUUUCUCCUGAGUCAACAGACCCAACAAUUAGUCGAGGACGGUGACAACAGCUCCAGUGGUGUCAGCUCCGAUCAGGACGUCCCGGUGGGCCCUCCAACUGGCUUCGAUGAUCCUUCUAGGAAUGACAAUGCUCAGUCCAUCGUCGGUGAUAAGGAAAAUAACUCAAAACGUAUGAAUUACAGCAGUGGAAUGCUGACCAGGCAUGCAGUCAGUCUUGCCCAAUUACCACCCCCCAUUGAAGCUGAUACUGAGGAACAGAAUAAUGAUUUAUUUGUACCACCACCACCUGAAUUCAAUGCUGGGCCGUCUGGUAAUGGGGAUAAUGAACUUGUUUUUGCACCACCACCACAAUUUUCGGAUAAUCGAGGACAGCAAAAUCGGGUUAAAAUUAUUGGAGCGAUACCAAAGGUCGGGAACAAUCAGGUUAAACCACCCACGGGACGUUUGCACAGCCAGUAAACAAUAACAAUGAAAUAAUCAGUGAUUAGAAUCUUUUAUUUUUCAGUUAUUUUAUUUUUUUCUCGUUCUUUUUUUACUUUUGUGGGGGUUUUGUUAAAAUAUUCGGAAAUUACUGUUCGGUCAAUCCGGCCUAAUUAAACGGAAAACAAAUUAUAGAAACGAAAACCAUUCUCUUAUCGUGCAUAGCUCUAGGUCAUUGAUAAGUGGUAGUUGGGCCCAAUUUCUUCUCCAAUAAUUUCUCCUGGAAAAAUGGCUUCCGUGAAAUUUCUUCACUAAAAUUUCGACGUACGGGAAAUUCUCUUAAAAUAAUUUGUUAUUUAAUAUUUCUUCGGAUGAUAUUUCUCUCUUGAUGUUGAAAUAAAACUUUACUUCAUCGAGACUAAUUUUUUUAAUGAUAAAUACAGAAUACAUUAAUUGAACGUGAAUUAACUCACAAUUUUUUUCAAAAGUUUCAUCGAUGAACUAAAAAUUUUUUAGAGGAGAAAUUAUUGUCAGAGAAAUGUAACCCUAGAACCUUGAUAAGUGCGUGAGCAAAGGGAGAAAUCGUUGUUUCUUUAGUACUUGAGUUCUUUUUCUACAUUUCUAUCCCAAUAAACAAUCAGCCUUUUUAUCACUGGGAUAUCCUACACAAUAAGGGGAAUACUUGUAUUUAUUAUUGACAAUGAAUAUAACAAAACAAGAGAAGCUGAAAAAAUAUGAAUUUGUGCUUUUCAUCGAUAUCAGUGUAGCUUCGUGAUGAGAAUUAUUCAGAGAAAAGUUUUAAAAAGAAUAAAAAAAUACAAGUAAAUUUGUGCAUAACUCCAAUGAUUGAAUCAUUCAAUCAUUUACCAAUCGAACGUAUCAACAGCAGACGUUGAAUUCCCUAUCGAUUAAUUUUAUAUUAAUUUUCUUGUAACUAGAAUACUACUACUGCUCAAAAGCCUAAUUAUGUAAAUCUACUCACAAAGUCAUUAGAGAUUGUUGAUAAUUUUAACAAUGUAUUAUUAGUUCUUAUUAGUUUAUUAUAAAUUCCAGUUUAUGCGAGAUUAAAGCCAAGUAAAUGAUAGCGAGUAAAUGUUGGUGAAUUAUAAUGAUGAAAAAAAAAAACAUUGCACCCACCAUAAUCGAAUUGUAAGAUAGAUCGUAUUCCUUCCAUUUCUCGAUAAAAAAAAUUAAAAAAUAACGGGCAUCUCUGGGAAACUGUGGAAUUUAAAAAAUUCCCAACAAUUGUUUUUUAAAUUUAAUUUAUAUAAAAAUAAAAUUGUAUGAUCGAGGUAUGUCUCGAGGGUGUUAUCAUUAAAAUGUUCAUCGUGCAAUUUAUUUUAUUGUACAUAGAAGGAAGAUUUUUCUCUGUAGCUGUUCUUGGUGAUAUUUUUUCGAUGUAAAAUUUGUUUUCUGAAUCUGGAGCCCAAGGCAAUACCUCGCGGCUCCUCCCAAUGACAGUAUAACUACAAUUGUACAUACAACCAUUGCUACAUACUUGAAAUAUCGAUUUUCAUUAAUUAUCUAAGUUUAUCAAUUAGUGAAAAAUUAGUUCUAAGAGAUAAUAAAUGAGAAAAAAAAAUGUUUCCAUUGAACGACGUCCUUCCUAAAUGAAAUCAUUUCUUAAUGCCUUUUGCAAAAAAAAAAAUGAGAAUUAAAAAAUAUAAACAAAUAUGAGAUGAGUGAUGAUCAUUGAAUUAAAAUAUUUACACAAAGUACCCGAGUAUUAAAAUAAAUCGCUGCGCAUGAGAACUCGUUGUAGAAUUCAUUCAAAGAUAGAUGUCGAUAUAGAAAUACUUGAUGCAACAACAAAAUAAAUAAAAAAAAAACACGUUGUAAUUUAAUCCUAGAAUCGAAUUCUUCCCAGUCAUGUCAGUAUACAUCACCAAAAGCUAUGAAAAAAGCGAUACAUAAAUGUAUUAAAAUCACUCCCAGAUUAUCUGUAGUUUUCUGGUUUUUUUUUUCUUUUCUUUCGCUCGUUUGUGAUUACUCCGAGCUCUAUUGUGCGAUGGCGAGAUGAAGAAUAUAUAGAUGCAACAUUCCUGCCAAAAGUAUAAUAUAAUAAUAUAUCGACAUGAAUAAAAAAAACGUUGAAAAAUGAUAACACGUGGACAUUGACUUGUAAUGUAUCAAUAUCAUUUUUUUUUCAAGUGUUUUCUUUCGAAAUUCCACGCUACACCAUUAGUACGAAAUAAAAGAAAAAAAAAUACACUUUCCCCGUAUAGAAUUCAAUAUACUACAUUAUAAAUAUACAUAGGUAAUUGAAUGUUUGAAAAAAUGAAGGAAAAUAAGUCAUUGAAAACAAUUUGAUAAAUGAAUGCGAGAUAUACAAGUGAAAAUGUAUUUAUAUGAAGCACUCGUUCUUUUAUUUGGAUUUCUUAUCUGCUAAAUAUACGAAUUUACAAAGUU